GAAGAACAAGCUAUAGGUAGGUUCAGUGUUACGAAACAGAUUCCGUUCUUGGAGAGUUGAAGGGGAUUCGUAAAGUGCGGAUCAUAAAUAGGCCUAAGCCUACAUAUAGACUGAUAUGUGUUCCCUAGAUAUAGGGAAAAUAUCGUGAAAAUGCAUAAAACAAUGUUUCUAUUCUUGCUGCUGAGCAUCGGCGUGGAGGCCAAGGAGGACACAGCUGAAGAUUCGUGGCAUGUUCCUGGUCAAAGCACAGUCGGAGAGGAUAUCAGCCUAGAUUAUUCUGGCUCCAAUUCUCAGAGUGGAAGAAGUUCCGCAGACUUCUCCGGUCACCUGCUUGUGGUCCCUUUUGACGGAAGCCACUGGAUUGGCAUUAAGGCGAUCGCCCAGGAAAUCGGUCGUCGUGGUCACCGAGUGACGGUCUUGAUGCCUGAGAUCACGAUGCGGAUGGGUCCGGGGGAGCAUUUCGACACCGUAACAUACCCCGUGCCCUACGGGAAGAAGGAUGUCGAAGAAUUGAUGGCAACACACACGGAGGUGAUGCGCAGCGCCCAUCAAACUUUAAUGGAGAGAGUAAACGCUAAAAUUACACAGAUUCAGAAAAUUACGGAGAUCCUUCACUCGACUGCAGAAAGCCUACUGUUCAACGACAGCUUGAUAUCAACGCUACAGCAACAGCGAUUCGAUGCUGUCUUGACCGACCCUAUGGUGCCUACUGGCUCUCUUCUAGCGAGAAAACUGGGACUCCCCACCCUCAAUUUGCUGAGAGGGAUACCGUGCGGGCUGGACUGGCAGUCCAUGGCCUGCCCAUCACCUCCGUCCUACGUCCCUCGCAUGUUAACUGGAUUUACAGAUCGAAUGACCUUUAAACAGAGAGUCAUUAACACUUUGCUGAGUGCGUGGGAGCCAUUGAUGUGUCGACUCCUGUUCUGGCACUUUGACACUAUAGCCCAGCGAUUCCUGGGCGAGGAUGUGGGAAUAGCUGAGGUCGUUUCUGAGUCUGAUAUCUGGUUGCAGAGGAUUGACUUUUCAUUGGAGUACCCUCGUCCGUUGAUGCCCAACGUGGUGCUGGUGGGCGGGAUCAAUUGUGAUGUGAAGAGCCCCCUGCCGGAGGAAAUGGAGCCGUGGGUUUCUACAGAACAUGGCUUUGUAGUUUUCACCCUUGGCAGCAUGGUGUCAAGUCUGCCAGAGGAGAUAACCGCCGUCUUUAUAGAAGCCUUCAGAAGAAUCCCACAAAAGGUGAUAUGGCGGCACACUGGUCCAGUUCCUGAUAAUCUCCCAGAAAACGUGAAGAUUAUGAAGUGGGUGCCACAGAAUGACCUGCUAGCGCACGCUGGGGCCCGCGCUUUCAUCACACAUAGUGGCUCUCACGGUAUCUAUGAGGGCCUGUGUCACGCGGUUCCCAUGGUGAUGGUGCCGCUGGGAGGGGACCAGCCUGACAACGCCCAGCGCAUGGCAAGCAGGGGGGCCGGCGUGGUCCUGGACAUCACCACCGUCACUGUGGAUGACCUCCUGAACGGACUGGAUGAGGUCAUCAACAACACCAGGUACAAGGAUAAUCUAAAGAAGCUCUCAGCAGUCCAUAAAGAUCGUCCUAUGGACCCCUUGGACCUGUCAGUCUACUGGACAGAAUAUGUGAUGAGACACAAAGGCGCUCGCCAUCUCAGGCCUGCUGCCCAUGACCUCAACUGGUUCCAGUAUCACAGCUUGGAUGUGAUUACGUUUCUGGUGACCGUAGUGAUGCUUGUCGCCAUGGUAACAUUUAAAUGCAUUUCUUUAUGCCUUAGAAGAGUGAUGAGAAAGAAAAAGCAGGAAUGAUCAGAAGAUGAAAGAAAUACAUACAUGGGUUUCUUUAGAUUUCACUACGUUAACCUGCUGUAUGUCGAAUCCAGGAAGUGUAAAGAGAGAACCGAAAAGAGUAGAAGCGCAAAGUCUCUUCGCCAUUAAGAUGUCUUGCAUUUCACACCUGAUUGAAUGUCACGUUGCUUCCCCAAAACUAAUUAUGGAAGAGAUGCCCUGAAUGGUCAGAUAAUUGCGUUGAGUGGUCUUUUCUUAACUGGCUCAGGCCAGUCAAAUAGAAAUUGAUAAUCACUUCCACAUACUAAUCGCUGAAACAUGACCACGCCUUUUGUAAUAAAUAAUACCCAUAUAUUAGCCCUUAAAUGUUACUUCAGCAUCUAAAAAGGUAAAAAGUUGUAUACAACAUGUAUAAAUUGGUAGUAAACAUGUUUUGUUAUUUAAAAAUACUAUAUUAAUUAUAGUAUUAUUAAUUAUACAUUUUUCUGCUCAAUUCAAUGUUUGUAUUGAUGACUAAAUAGAUCUAUAAGAUAUACAUCUGUCAGAUAUAUAUCUUAAUUGCUGCUGUUUUGACUAGGUUUGUUCCUUCUUGUCAUAAGCUCUUCAUCUAUUGAUAACAAGUAGCUCACUGAACACAUUUCAAUAAAAGCAGAUUGCAGUCUGCCUAACUACUGUAAUAUAAACUGUUUACAUUGAACCUUUGUCAACUACUGCUCUACACUCUCAAAUACAACAUACAAACAAA